AUGUUGACCAGCACGAUACAUGGCGUACAACUGUUGAAUCCUCAACUGUUCUGCCACCCGACGAAACGCGCUAGCAAAUGCGGUCACGAUAUUCAUCCCUCGGCUUCGGCGCGCACACCUUGGUGUCCAGCCUGUGUCGCGUCGCUGACUAAAGCAAGUUUGGAUGCGAUGCAAAAGAUGCUGGAUUUGAGAGGGGGGCCAACACCAAACGCCUACGAGCGCGACCGAAAGUGGAAUACCAACAGGCUCAGACGCAACAUCGCAAUGCAGCGAUUGGAGAGUGCAAAGCGUAGAGAUCAAUUGCGUAGAGAACGGGAGCAAGCUUGGGAAGAGAUGCAUCAGCGAUACGACUUUGAAAGAGUUCGCGCGGUACUUGACCAGAACUCCGCUGGAUGUUUCGUUUGCGAGACAAUGGCAGCCUCCUAUCCAGAUGAGACCAUCAGAUCGCAAGCUGUGGACGUGGCAUGGUGGGAAAACCCAGAUAGACUUGUCGCCAGUCGUAACCCUGUCCCAAAAAUGCCACGGAAGCGGUCACAAAAGACUGCGCAUGCGUCGAGAGGCUCGCCAACUAUGCGAAAGAUUAUCCAGGACCAUCGGUCAGCUCUGGUGGAUAUGAACAUCCAGAUAGAAGCGUGGAAAAUCCGAUAUAGAAUCGAACGUAGUGUGCGCCGGAAACAUGGUUUGCAUGAAGGAUACCACUUCCAACCAGGCUUCUGGGAAUCUCCAGUUUCCGGUGUUCACGUCCGCCUGCACUAUCAGGUUGCCAGGGAAAACCAGAGGAAGGCGGAACGCCGUGCUCGGGGGAACAUGUCACGUCCUAGGCCUCCCUGCAGCCCUUUGUUGUACUCCGAAACUGUUGGGGAGAUUGAAAUUGACGAGGAGAUGGUACAGACAAUUAAAGAGAAAGAAUACAGGGAAGAGAUGGAAAGACAAGCAAGACGGGCAGCUGGAGAAGUUGGCUAUCUCUACUUUAACGGUGGUAUUGAUGGACUGGAGGAGUGGGAGGAUGAUGUUUUGAGAAGCAACAGGGAUUUGGUAUCAAGGAAGCCGAUGCUGGAGCAUGAGCCGGGGAAUGUUUGCGAGGAAGAAGACACGGACGUUGAUGGUGAUGACGAUAAUGGGGACGAGAAGGAAUCUGAUGAGAUGGAUAUUGGCAAGACAUAG